AUGCUAAAAGGCAUCUUAUUAUUUUUCUUUCUAUAUCAUUUUUCCUUCUCCCUAUACUCUCUCAGCAUUGAUCAAUCUCUUGAAGUCUCUCAAGAUACUUUAUGAAACUAUGUAGAGCUAAACACCACAAAUAUUCAAAAGCAAUACAUUUCUAUUAAUCUUCUUAUAAAGCGCAGGCAAUUUCAAUCUUUUCCUCUGCUAACUUUAAAUUUCGACCAUUUUCCUGAAUUUUCGAAUGAGAAUAUUUCUAGUGUAAAUUCAAAUUACAGUGAUUUUUAUUCUUAUGAAAACCAGAUAUCACAGCAUUCAAUUAUUUUAAAGGCAGAAUCAUUAAUGUAUGGCCAAAAUGCUUAUGUAGGAGUUGCUUACCCUAACAAUCAAAAUGGAUUAAUUAACUCCCCGCCUUGCUUAGUAAGAAGAAUUUUUUUCUCAUUUAUCAGUGGGAUAAAUUUCUAGAUUUGUAAACAUUUGAAAUAAGAAAUCUAAUUUAAUUAUAAAAAAAUUUUAGGGUGAAAAAAUUGUUUAAAAUUAUAGAAUUUUUUAAAAGAAAAUUGAUAAUAAAAAUAAUUUGCUUGACAGCCAAGAAUAGUUAAUUACCUAAAAAUAGGGAUUUUUCUCGCUUGCCGGGAGGAGUAAGUAUAAAUUGACAUUUACACAAUCAGAUGAUUAUAUAUGCAGCUCCGAUUGCUCAGGCUUUGGGAAAUGUGGAGACCUGGACUCGUGUUUAUGUCAAGAAAAUUAUGCUUCUAGGAACUGCGGAAUACGUCCUUCAUUACUGUAUUUGAAUAAAGGCACUGCAAUGCAAGUAGACAAUGACAAAAUUGGAUAUUUUGAAGCUGAUUUAAAUGAUUGUAUUAUUAAUUUAGGAAAAGAAAAUACAAUCACUAUUAACUGUACAUACAUUGGAGAAAGAGGCAUGAUUUAUAUAGGAAAACCCACAAAUAAGUAACAAAUAAGCAGCAUAUAUGAUCUUCCUAAUAGUCAAAAUUAUGUAUCUUGAAUUUCCUUAAAUAGUACUUCAUCAGCAAAUAUUUUAUCUUUUGAUAUUGAUAUAUCUGAUCAAAGGCUAUUAUUUUUGGCAGUCUUUAAUAAUUUAGUUGACUCAGGUAGAAGGAUAUCAAUUGUCUGCCAAUUAUCAAAAAAAUCUUCAAAUUCGGAAUCAUCUUCAAUUUCGACUGUAGUCAUAAUAACGAUUAUAUGCUCGAUUGUAUCAGUUUCUCUUGCUAUUACAAUUUUAUGUAUAAACAGAAGGCUUUCAAGGACUCAAGUAGCUAAUGAAACUCAGUUUGCUGUAUCUGGGAUUAAUAUAACAACUGUACAGCAUUCAUAUCCAGCGAAACAUUUAAAGGACUUAAAAAAUAAGUCGGAAGAUAUAAAAUUAUGCGUCAUUUGUAUGGAAGACAUGACACCAAUGACAGAGGUAAGAAAAAUGAUGUGUGGGCAUAUUUUUCAUGCUACGUGCAUAGACGAGUGAUUUGGACAUCAUAAAUAUUGCUGUAUUUGCAAAAGAAACUGUGAGUCGCCUGAUUUGAUGAUGUAUGGAGGAUGCAAUCAUGAAAUGGGUGAGGAUGCAAGAUUUAUUAGUGAACAUAAUAGUAUUGAGCCUGGGUCUCGUGAAAUAAAUUCUAAUGCGUGGAGUGCUAGCUAA